AUGGCCACAAUGCCCUCUGGCGCUGGCAGUUCAGGCCGGGAGGACUCUCGGUCCUCUUCAUCGACAAAUUCCCCCGUGCCGGCCGACAACGAAGAGUCCGACUUCUUUCUGGGUGCCAACGACUCCCAGUCUUCGCUCGGCGUCCCCAACUUCUCAGACAUGCAGGUCGUCGACGACGCCUGCUGGCCGCCCGUCAACCGGCUGCCCAACGAGAUCCUCAUCGGCGUCUUCUCCAAGCUGAGCUCGACGUCCGAUCUCUACCACUGCAUGCUCGUGUGCAAGCGGUGGGCUAGGAACGCUGUCGACUUGCUGUGGCACCGGCCGGCUUGCUCCAACUGGAAGAACCACCACAGCAUCUGCCAGACGCUGGGUCUCGAGCACCCCUACUUCCAGUACCGCGACUUCAUCAAGCGCCUCAACCUCGCCGCCCUCGCCGACAAGGUCAACGAUGGCAGCGUCAUGCCCCUCGCCGUCUGCUCCAGGGUUGAGCGCCUGACGCUGACCAACUGCCGCGGCCUGAGCGACACGGGCCUGAUUGCUCUCGUCGAGAACAGCUCGUCCCUGCUGGCCCUCGACAUCUCCAACGACAAGCACAUUACCGAGCGCUCCAUCAAUGCCAUAGCGAAGCACUGCAAGCGCCUGCAGGGCCUCAACAUCUCGGGCUGCGAGAACAUUUCUAACGAGAGCUUGCUCACCCUAGCCCAGAACUGCAGAUAUAUCAAGAGGCUCAAACUCAACGAAUGCAUCCAAGUGCGCGACAACGCCGUCCUUGCCUUCGCCGAGCACUGCCCCAACAUCCUCGAAAUCGACCUCCACCAGUGCGUCCAGAUCGGAAACGGCCCCAUCACGUCUCUUCUGGCCAAGGGCAACAGCCUCCGCGAGCUCAGGCUGGCCAACUGCGAGCUGAUCGACGAUGACGCCUUCCUCUCCCUGCCGCCGAACCAAGUCUACGAGCACCUGCGGAUCCUCGACCUGACGUCUUGCAGCCGCCUGACGGACGCAGCCGUGGCCAAGAUUAUCGAUGCCGCACCCCGUCUGCGGAACCUGCUCCUCUCCAAGUGCCGCAACAUCACGGAUGCAGCCAUCCACUCGAUCGCCAAGCUUGGCAAGAACCUGCACUAUGUCCACCUCGGCCACUGCGGUCAGAUCACCGAUGACGGCGUCAUUCGCCUGGUGCGUAGCUGCAAUCGCAUCCGCUACAUUGACCUCGGGUGCUGCACGCUGCUCACCGACGUGUCCGUUCGAUGCCUCGCCACCCUGCCCAAGCUGAAGCGCAUAGGCUUGGUCAAGUGCAGUAGCAUUACCGACGAGUCCGUCUUUGCGCUUGCCGAGGCAGCAUAUCGUCCGCGGGUGAGGAGGGACGCCAACGGAAUGUUCUUGGGCGGCGAGUACUUUGCUCCCAGCUUGGAGCGUGUCCAUCUCAGCUACUGCAUCAACCUGACUCUCAAGAGCAUCAUGAGGCUUCUCAACUCGUGCCCUCGUCUGACCCAUCUCAGCUUGACGGGCGUGGCGGCAUUUCAACGGGACGAGUUCCAGCCCUUUUGCAGACAAGCGCCAGCUGAGUUUACGCAGCAUCAGCGGGAUGUCUUCUGCGUCUUCUCCGGCACCAUGGUGUCCAAGUUUCGCGACUACCUGAACACGGCGCCGCAAUUCGAGAGCCUCCGAGACAGCUUCUUUACGCGGCAUGCUGGCCGCUUGAGGGGCACGGUCAUCCGUCGAUCCAGCGGACUGCCUCCCAUCCAGACCACCGAGGGCGAGGCUUUCGACGACGACAUGGCCUUUGACGAUAACGACUUUGAGGGCCUGGACGCCAGCGAAAUGGUCGUCGAUGCCCAGCCCCAGAAUCUGCCCUUCCAUGGUCAGGCGAUACCGCCUCCUCCCCUGGAGCCGCCCAUCAUCAAUUCGUCGACCAACUUCCUCUCCAGCAUGCUAACCCAGCCGUUUCAGCCUGCCCCGAACGCUUCGGCAGAUCUCUUUGACGAAUCUGCUGCAGGCGUCGGAGCCACCACCAGGUCCUUCCCACAGUACGCCGUUCCCUUGAGCACGGCUACAAUUUCCAACUCUCACGGCCACCACGGUUUCCCACAUGCUAGCGUCGCCGGCUUGUCACAACCCUCCGUCUCAGGGCAGGGCAGCGCGGCAGCCGCCGGUCCCUCAACAGGUGCCAGCACGGUGACGAUUCAUCAGCCGUCGAGCACGACGCCGGAGCAGCAGCAGCAGAGCGAUACCAACUGA